GGGGUGAAUUCCCAAUUUACAAACUGUUUAUAGGUCGAAUGUAGUUUUAUAGUAUUUGUGUAUUCUUCACCUUCUUCAUACUCUCGAGUUGCGAUUUUAUGGAGUAAACCGAGUGUUUUAUCAUGGAAAAAAGACAAUGAAGUGUGCACUUUCAAAAAACCAACCGCAGACCUAAAAACACACAAAUAGACUAAAAAACCACGGGCAGAUAACCUUUUCUCUGUUAGAGCAUAAACAACGCACGGUACAUACACUGAACUAGCGCGUGUGUUUGAGUGGGCGGAAAUAGGGCAGGGGCAUCACAGGGCGACAUGGCCGAGUUCAAGCCUCGAUAACUUUUUUAUAAAUAAUAAUUUUCGCAAGAAAUUUGCUCAGGUAAAACAUCAGGAAUUUAAACUUCCAUAUCUCUUUAAACAAAAGUAAAAUUUCCACCAUAUUUUUAUUCUGAUCGUUUUGAAUAGGAACUUGAUGUUUUUUAAAAAGGUUGAUUCACACCUAAAUAAGCGCAUAGCUGACUGCUGCACAGUGACGUCAUUCGCGUAUCUCCGUUAAAAUGGGCGAUCGACAGUGUACCAUAUUUCGUGCACAUGUUCCUUACAACGUGUAUGCUGCUAUAGGCAAGUUAGUCGCACGCCUUCAUUGCGCACCGUAGAAACUCGGGCGAUGGAAGACGGCCGUUGUGUCUAAUAAGCCACUGGUAACAGGGGGGCGGUAACUGGGCAGGGUACGGUACGUUAACGUUGCCUUGCAUGUACCGUAUAUACACAACAGGCAAUUUCCGGGUGAUCGCUGUCAAAUUAAGUUUCAAAAUCUCAACCGUGAACUGAAUGGGCCAAAGAAUCUCUAGCUUAAAGCUUAGACCGUCAAAGUCUAAAAAUAUGGAGCCAGAGACCAAGGAACCUGGGUGUACAGAAAAGACAGGUGAAUUUUCAGAGCCUGAUAUUGACACCCAAGGGAUCAAUCUAGAUAUGGAAAGGCCACUUGGUGAUUGUGUCUUUGAAGACCUUCCUUUCGAGCUGAUCCAACGCAACUUGACCUUCGUACCCGAUUGCGACCUCAAAGAAUGCAGCUGCGUCUGCAAGACGUGGCAAGAAGCCGUGACCGAGCAGUCCUUCUGGAGGCAGAAAUGUGAGAGGGGAGGCCAAUAUGUCGAAAAAUACAUGGCGCCGUACUUCCCGACAGACUGGAAAGAAUUCUACUUCAAGUCGCCCUUUGCGAGAAACCUUAUUAAGAACAGCAGUGGUCAGGAUAGCAAGGGAGAGUUUGACCUGUGUGAAUGGAAGAUCCUGAGCGAUGGAGGAGAAAGAUGGAAGGUGGAGACAGAUUGUCCAGGUUCAGCUCGCCUUCCUGAUGAAGUUCUCCUGCUUACUGGAGGCCAGUACAAGAGCUUUGCUACGUCCUACGGAUGGUGCGAGAGAGAGCAGGUCAUUGACCUCUUAGAAGAAGGGUUCAGCGAAGAAAUGUUGGAUUGUCUGCAGCCCAUUAUCUUUGUUUCAGAGUGGUAUGCUGCCAGGUUUGAUUGUGGAAAUACCUAUGAAUUUGGCGUGCAGCUCUUAAACGGCAGACCUACAUCUGAUGAUACUAAAGAUGUGAUUAUUGAUAGCUUCACGUUUGGCCCCAUCCAGACACCGGAAUGGCCAGAAAAGAGCUGGAAACAGGCAUCACAUCACUUCAGAGAGUACGGUCCAGGAUUACGUUUCAUUCGCUACUGGGACAAAAGCAAGGAUAAUAAAUUCUGGGCGGGGCACUACGGGGGCAAAAUGGCAGGUUCAGAGGUGCGGUUCGUCUUCACGCAAGAGCAAAAAACAGCCGAAGAGGGAGGGGUGCAGGGAGCCUCGUCAUCGUGACACCUUGAUCGGAAGUUACAGGUGUGAGAUAUAUAUCUGUUUAUAUAUAUCGGAUUAAUAUAUAUAUAUAUAUAUAUAUAUACAUAUAUAUAUACCAAAUUGUUGUAUUAACAAGAUAUCUAUAUAUAACCCUACAUGGUACAUUAACCCUAAAUUUAAAACAAUACAACUAAUUGAAUUGUAAUUGUAUAGUAAUAAUCUUAAUUGUCGGUGUUUCUAUGCUCGUAAUGAUUUGUUGAAUUGAAAGUCUUUGUACAUACAGUUACAUUUUCUGUUAUUGUAGAAAUAGGUGAAAAGAGAUAAAUGAAAUAAUAGGAAAUCAGCCUAUCUGGCUCUGUAGAAAUGUAGCUCCUGUCUGGGUUUUUUAUGCCUCCGCAACAAAGUAGCCAGAGGCAUUAUGUUUUCUGGUUUUCAGUCUGUCCGUCCGUACGUACGUCUGUGAACGCAUUAUCAUUAGAACCG